UUCCGCCUUCCGUACAGUCACAUGUGGCGCCCGUUUAGGUUCACUUCCGCGUUUGAACAGAAACCAUUAAAUCCUUUGAAUAAUGCAAGCGUUUUAACGCGAAUAUAAUCAGGAGUUUGUUUAUUCAAUGUGUUUAUUGAUACCACCGGAUAUUUUGGCGUAAUGUCGUUAAGUAUUGUUUAAAGACAUUAAGUGCGACAGUUUGGGAAAGAAGAUCCCAAGCUGGGUGGACAGCUAUUAAGAUCUUUACUUGUAUUUAUCUACAGUAAACACGGUCAUAGGAAUUCCGAAAGGUGUCACCUGUGAAAGUCAUGUUGCUGUCUCUGAGACUAAUCGCUCCUCUUUUCCUACUACUUGCUGGAGUGCAAGCUGAGUUCACCACAAAAAACUGCAAGCUGAUUUCAGGGAGCGAAACUGAGAAAAAUACGCUCAAUUUACUGGAGCCUCUCACCAAUCAAAACUUCACCGCAGAAAGACCGGGGGACGCAUAUGUGUAUAUUUUUCAGGUGUGUGGAGAUGCUGGCGGAAUGAAAGAUGCAGGUCUUGUGCAGAAAGAAAAAAAAGAUGGAAAGGUUGUGCGAAUCGGCAACUACAACCAAACACGAGCUAUUAGAGGAAGUGACUGGAUUCUGCUCUUCUAUGAGGGGGGAGAUGCAUACGACAACCAUUGUUCAAAAGAGCCGAGAAGUGCCUUGAUUAUGAUUUCAUGCAGUAAGAGUACUAAGAAUGCAUUUUCGGUGGUUUUGGAGGACAAUCAGAAGGACAGGGGAUGUUAUUACCUGUUUGAACUGGAUUCUGAUGCAGUCUGUCCUGUAAUCCCAUCCAAACUCAGUGCCGGCUCCAUAAUCCUUAUUAUUGUACUCUGCUGCCUGGCUGUGUAUCUCACUGGUGGAUUCCUCUAUCAGAGACUCGUAGUUGGAGCCAAGGGAGUCGAGCAGUUCCCUAACUAUGGCUUUUGGUCACAGAUUGGCAACUUAUCUGCUGAUGGAUGCGAUUUUGUCUGUCGGUCCCGUGGCAACAGAGAAGAAGCGCCCACAUAUAGAGGCGUGGCUACUGAACCUCUUGGGGAAGAGCAAGAGGAAAGGGAUGACCAUUUACUUCCCAUGUGACCAAAUCACAUGAACCAAUGAGAAGAGGCUGGACAGUUAUUACGGUUUUGGAACCCAAAGAGAGAUGUUCAGUUCAGCAGAUGUAUUUCUGGUUCAGAGCUGCUGUUUUUUUUCUUCACAAUAGCACUUAUUCACUAUUUAUCCAUAAAAAUGUUGAUUUGGUGUUUGUUAAAUGUUAUGGUUUGCUAAUUAGUUUUCAAAAAUCCAAAGACAUAUAUUGGAUCAUUUGAUACUUAUUACAAGAUAUCAUCAACAUGCAACACUGCCCCUGUUUUCUCUCUUUAUAGGAAGUAAAAGACAUCCAAGCUGCUCGACUGCGUUACUUGUAGUUUUGUUUAGAACGGUUAAAUCUGCUUUUAUUUGGAGAAUGAACCCAUCUUUGGUGAAACUUAAAUGUUGUUGUUUUUUUAGUUGUGCUCCACCAACUCAAUCAAUUAAAUGUUGAAAAAGAUUUUUCUAUUUCCAGAUUUUCCAAAAAAAUUAACUUAUAUUGAUUAUUUCAAAAAUUGAAUUAAAAUAUGCUAAAUAUUGUGGUAGUAUAAAGAAGUUACAAGGAUCUGAUGAAACCUGCCUCUUUAGUUUGUUACAGCCUGUAUGCAAUGUUUCUGAAUGAUUUUGUUAAUGAUAAAUUGCUAUCAUAACUGUUAUUAAUAAGAUACUUAAGAAAAGUAUGCUUUAUAGAAGUUAAAAAGGUUUUCUGCGAGGGACCCAUUUGUGGCACAUUACUGUUGAUAUCAGUUAACAGAUGUGACACAACAUCUUUCCGUUUUUCACUUGAUAUUGCAAAUGUUUAUGAUACUUUGACUAAGGGAUAUAUUUCAUAUGGUAUAAAAACUACAUCCUCACUGGAAACCACAGCGUAAAUUCCCAGACUAUGACAGAACACUAUUAUGUUUGGCUUUCACCGUUUUUAAGUACUGUUUGUUUGAAUGCACUGAAGCUUUUUCGUUUUUUUAGUGGAGUCAUAUAUUUUCUCUAAACAUAACCAUGUUCUUGAGGAGCCUAGAUGGUGAAUGAGUUUAAAAACUCCUGUUUUUGAGGUAAUAGAUCAUAGCCUUACAUGUAUUUGCAGAUCCAGGAGGAAGAGAGCUGAUGGUUAUCAACCCAAGCCAUACGAGGUGUUGUGAAGAUUUGGUCUGUGUAUAAAAGCUAGAGGCUUGAAGAGCACCUCUUAUCAUCAGAUUGAAAGUGCUGGUUUAGCUUUUGCUUUAACAACUAGAGUCCAACUAAUAGCAUAAAGAGGAAUGAUGCAUUGAUUUGGCUUGAUUCUGAUGUACAGUACAUCAGGCCUGUGCAAAGACGUGACUUCACUGUUCUUGCUACUGCUUUAUUGUUCUUUACAAUUUUAGUGUGAAAAAUUCAUAUUUUGUUUGCUUUGUUUAGUAGAAAGUGUGAAUAAAGUGUUUGAUUACUGGUG